CGCUGCUACAGCAGACUCGCGCUACACUAGUCAGUCGCGCACUACUACAUUACGGUCCGUUUCCGAACGGUCCUAAUUAGUGACCGCUGUCAAAGCAAAGAGCUACCAAACCCAGCAUUUCGGAAUCCUGCCCCCCCGGCCCACCAGCGCCGAUUCCGAACCGCACCUCGCUCCGCUGAAGAAUUUCUUCUUUGAACAUUCCAAAAUAUGGGGCGUCCUUCCUUGCCAAAUUUCCCAUGCCCCGUCGGCAAAAGGGCUCGGCAUGGCGAAAGCGUGGCAGCGGCAAAGCGGUCGUUGACCGAUCGGCUAAAUGGCAACGUUGCAGGCUUUAUACGAAAGGGCCUAUCGUGAACUUUUGUUGCGCGGGAGAGAAAACCAGUUGCGGUGUGGUUGCGGUGUGUUCGGUCUGAGACUUUGUGUGUUUUUUGCGCGAUUGCUUCAAUACCGUAAACUUUCCUUCUUGCUUCAAUGUCUGAUCAGUGACAUCUCGUCCUUGGGGACAAGAUUCGGUACUCGCUCGUCAAUGCCGUGCAUCCUUCUUGUAACAGCGCUCCCUUUGCUGCCAUGCCAUGAAACCGGCAAACCCGCCCAAGCAUUAGAAAGCUCAAUCAAAACGAAAGCAACAAUGAUGACUCGCGACAGCCACGACCGCCGAAAGGAUGCAAGCCUCCCGGGCGCUGACCAGGCAAGCAACUUGGGAAUUUAGGCACCUACAUUUCUCUCUUCACUUGUGAUCCUUUGGCUUACUUACCCUCGGAAGCAUCAAGGGUCUUCCAAGCUCGGUAAAUGAGCUCUCUCGGCUCUCCGGCUUCUUGGGAUUUUGGCACAUGUUUUUUUAGCCAGGACAGCCCAGCUUUACCCCGUACUUCAGAAGCCACAAGAAACAAGAGUUCGGAUUUCUCUCGGGUAAACUAAAAUUAAAGCAAAGAUGGCGUCAAAAUGAAGGAGCAG